CAGCAGUAGUUGUCGGUAGAUCGAGUAGUGACGAUUGCCUUAGACUGUGAUCCGCUGCAAAGCUGCAUCAUGGUCGUCGACUGGCUGUGUCCGGGCCUGAGGCCCUCGGCGAAUCGCCGACCGCGACUGCUCCACUGCAAGGUCAUACUGCUCGACGAGCACGAGCUGCUACAGGACAUUUUGAAUUCAACGUUGGGCCAAGAGUUGAUGGACAGAGUCUUCCGACACCUGAACUUGCUCGAGACUGCUUACUUCGGUCUUCGAUAUCUCGACCAUGAGAACCAGACGCAAUGGCUCGAUCCGAGUAAGAAGAUUGGCAAGCAGCUCAAAGCCAAGAAGGGUGAUCUCAACCCCGACGCUCACACGCUCUACUUCUGCGUCAAGUUCUACGCCGCCGAUCCCUGCAAGCUCAUCGAGGAAAUCACGAGAUACCAGUUUUUUCUUCAGGUUAAACAGGACAUACUGCAGGGCAGACUUCCGGUCUCCUUUGAUCUCGCUGCAGAGCUAGGCGCCUACGUCGUUCAAUCCGAGCUUGGGGAUUACGAUCCAAGGCGUCACUCGUACGGCUACGUGUCCGAAUUUCGAUUCCUGGCGAAUCAAACCUCGGAGCUCGAAGCGAGAAUAGUCGAGCUGCACAAAACCUUAGUCGGACAGUUACCCUCGGCGGCCGAGCUGAAUUACUUGGACAAAGUGAAAUGGCUGGAAAUGUACGGGGUCGAUCUUCAUCCUGUAUUGGGAGAAGAUUGCGUGGAAUAUUUCCUCGGACUGACACCGAGCGGCAUUAUUCUCCUGAGAAACAAGACGAAAGUUGGCAACUACUACUGGCCGCGCAUCAACAAAAUCUAUCACAAGGGCAAGUACUUCAUGCUGAGAGUGAGCGAGAAGAACUCGGCCGACCGGACGCACGGCUUCGAGACGCCGUCGCGCGGUGCCUGCCGUCACCUCUUCCGCUGCUGCAUCGACCACCAGGCGUUCUUCCGGCUGAUGGCCACGGGGCCGCCGCCGCUCAGCCCGUACUCGCGCUUCCGCUCCUACAGCCCGCCGAUGACCAGCGUCUCCGGCCUGGCCAUCAGCGACAAGCAGCAACAGAUGAGGCGCAUGGCGCAGCCGAGCUUCACCCGCAUGCCGAGCCGUCGCGCCCAGCGCCGAGUCGUCGAGGGCCAGGAGAUGGUCGGCGGCUACGUCGAGGGCAAUCAUCAGGGCGGCCAGAUGGGCCAGAGCCAGAACUGCCUGGCGCACGGCGGCGGCGGCGGCGGGGGCAGCGUCGCGUCGCGCAACAAUCAGAAUCCCAGCCCGAGGAGCACGAGGAGCGCGCCCUGGACCCAGAGCCAGCCCAGGGGCCUGUACACGUCGUCCAGUCCGAGAUCCGUGAGGUCGUGCGGAGCAGCUUCGACGCUGCUGAACCGGCUGAAUCGUCGGAGCAGCUCCGUGGAGAGCCAGAGCUCGGUGGACAGUCACAGUCGCGGCGGCGGUGGUGGCCACGGUCGUCGGCGCAGUCACAGCCGCGGCCAUCGCAAGCACAAUCGCCAGUCCGACUGCGAGUCGCAGCUGUCGCGCGGCUCCACGCAAAAGUCCGGCCACAGAAAGCAUCGCAGGAGGCACAGAAGCUCCCGACAUUCCAGCAGGCACGAGAUGGUCGACUCGGCGCCCCAGUGGCGCGAGGCUCAGCGCAGAAAGGGCGAAAUAAUCCAGAGGGCAGUCAUCAGCACAACCGAGCCAAGGAGGAGACACAGGAGCAAACACAGGAGUCCAUCGUCGAAGCACCCGCUGCCGGAUGAGCUGAGAAAGCACUUGGAGUUCGGCCUGGUCGACACGUCGGGCAUGAGCGAGCAGCAGAGGCGCGAGAUCGCCUACACGGUGGUGCAGUCGCAGAUGGCCCAUCAUCGCCAGCAGCAGCAGAUGCACCAUCAGCAGCAGCAUCACCAGACUCCACCGCCCCCUGCGCCCAGCCAACAGCAAAAUCAUCAUAAUCAUCAUAAUCAGCAACAGCAGCAGCAGCACAACGGCCAGCAGCCGGACCAGCAUAAUCAACAGAAGCAGCAUCAGCAAAUGUUGCAUCAUCAGCAGCAGCAGCACAACAAUCAUCAUUAUCAGCCGAUGCCCAUGUAUCAUCAUUCGCAGCAGUCUCAACAGCAGCAGCAGCAGCAGCAGCAACACAAUCAUCAUCAGCAUCAUCAGCAUCAGCAUCACGGAUUGCCGAUCAUGCACUGCCACUCGAUGAGCGGCCUGGCGGCGAGCAAUUCGCGCCUCGACCACGACGACUUGGGCCCGAACGGCUCACCGGCCACUAGAGGCGUCGGCUUCUCGGUGAAGCGCGACCGGCGCACGGCCUACCAGUGUCACGCCGUAGGCCCAGGUGGUGGUCGUUCCGGCGGCGGCGGCGAUAGUCACAGCGUCGUCGGCGUACCCAUAGCCGUCGCCGACCUCAUGAUGAUGCCCCAGCAGCAAAGCAGCAUCGGCAGCAGACGCAGCGGCGGAGGCUCCUCGUCGCGCUCGACCUGCGGACGCCUCGAGCACCAGUCGCUGUACGCGACCCGCAAGAUGUCGAGCUCGUCGUCGUCGCUGAGGGCCAGCAGCGUGGCGGGCUGCCGCAGGCCGAUCUGCAGCCCCCUGGACAGCGGCCUCGGCGAGAGCACCACCCAGGACUUCUCGAGCUGCUGCUCGAGCAGCGCCGACAGCACCAAGCAAACCCGCCCCACGCAAAGGCAAUUAGACGAAGACGGAUAUUAUAAAGUUUCUUCUGAUACCUCAAAGCAAGAUUUUACGAAGGGCGAUGCGACGUUGGACGCCGUUCUACAACCAAUGAUCUCCACAUUAACGCGAAAACGUCGAACCAAACCAAAGUAAUCUCCAGAGGAUAGUCUCUACACAGCUGGACCUCAUGUGCACAUAUUGUAUAUUUA